AUGGCUCCUCCUUUCCAGGCUGACGAUACCGUCCUCUUUCUGUACCAUUGUCUGCAAAAUUCUAAUGGAAAGAUCGACUGGAACGCUGUGGCAGUGGCAACGGGUUCGACAAGAGGUGCUGUGGAAAUGCGCUGGAGACGACUCAAGAAGAAGAUCGAUGGCGACACAACCCCGUCGCAACCAGCUACACCAAAAUCAAUUCAACCUUCCCCGGCACCGAACGCUAGUCAGGGAAAGAAGAAGAACGGCGGAAUUCGCAAGCGCAAGAUGGAUGCUGUCGAUGACGAGGACGAUGUGCAUGAUGCAGGACCACCUCAAGUCGACGGUCAUGUUGAUGUCAAGACACCCUCUUCUCGACGACGGACUCGGGGAAAGAAGUUGAAAUAUGACAUCAGAUUUUGCUUGUCAAAAGAUGAAGAUUCUACAACGAUCACGUCUGCGGAAAGCGAUGAGGAUUAUGUGGCCGAUGCCGAGGCGAUCAAGUCCGAAGAUGAUGAGUUGUAUAUGCUCGACUCUGGAGACGACUUGAAGCCGAAGGCAAAGCGAAACCGAAAGUCACGGCCAUUGCCUCCCAAAGCCCAUCUUGCUCCAACCACUACUGUGGCCGGACGAUUGUACAUUGGGAAUCUUCCUUAUGCGACACAAGCCAAGACGGCCGGCCAAAAAGCGCCACCACCCAAUAACGCCGACGAACUUGGACAAAAGUCUCUUCCUGUGGCCGAAGUGAAGACCACGUGCAGCAUGCAUCCUUCGGACAGGCCACUUCCCAGUAUCGAGCACUCUCCCCCAAAUACUCCAUUGAGCGGAGACUUCACAUUCAACGAGCAAGGAGGAGCCGAUGCAGGCAGUGGCGUCUCCGUCGAGAGCCUGAAGUCCGAGGCGUUCCUCACACCCUCUUCUGAAGACCCGGCCCAGGUCUCGAAUGGAACCGUCGACCGCAUGCUCUGUAAGCAGGAUCCGUCAUGCUCUGUUGUCUCAGCCACGCCCACCUUGUCUGCCAUUACCAUAUCCACGACUGUAGACUCUGCUGGCAGGCUCCUUCAACAGGGUUUAACUGACCAUGUCGAGAUCCGGCCCGAAGACAGCAUCUCCAACAUAGGUGUUCGCGCAGAACAGGAGCCUAUCAACUCAUCAGCUCUGCGCCCAGGCUUCAUGGGAAAUACAUUGCGAUUCUUGGCAGGCCUCUUGGCUUAG